CCUGGACUGAACCGGCGGUUCCUAGGCCUACCUGGACCUAACUGGGACCGUCGUGACCCGGUUUGAUGGCCUGAACGGUAUCAACGAAGUGAAGUACCUUUCCACUGAGCUUGCUCUAAUGCAUUGCUUCAUAUCUGAGGUUCGCCGAUGCGAUCCAGACAUGUUGAUUGGGUGGGAGAUACAAGGGUCCUCGCUUGGCUACCUGAUCGAACGGUGUGCUAAGCUUGAUUUGGGGCUUUUGAAAGAGCUGUCGCGUACUCCACCUCAACCUAUUCCUCAGACCUUUUUUGCGUUCAGGUCGGUUUCUGACGACACUGGCGGAGCUGGCCGUCAAGGAGAAGAUACAGACGACGGAGCUGGCCAGCAAGGAGGAGAUACAGACGUCAGAGGUCAGGUCUCGCGUAAGAAUGAUAUCCGGGCCUUGGCACCAGAUGACAUGGCAGGCUUGCCAGAGGAGAUGGCAGAAGCAAUCAACAAAGAAAAAACAAUCGGCGAUGAUGAUUGGGGCAGAAACCACACAAGUGGGAUUCUCGUCACCGGCCGGAUCGUUCUCAAUCUUUGGCGAAUCAUGAGGGGAGAGGUGAAACUGGGCAUCUACACGUGCGAAGCAGUGGUGUACGCCGUUCUGAAACGGCGUUUAUGGAAGGUGUCGAACAGAACCCUUAACCUGUGGUUCAAGAGAGGGGCAGCAGGUGGGAGGUGGCGGUGCAUCCAGCACUACGUCGAAAGAGCACGGCUGAAUCUCAAGCUGAUGGAACAACUGGAUCUGGUGAACCGGACAUCUGAGCUUGCGCGUGUUUUCGGGAUUGAUUUCUUCUCGGUCUUUUCUCGCGGGUCACAGUACCGUGUGGAAUCCAUGAUGGUGCGACUUUGUCACACUCAGAAUUAUCUCCUGAUAUCCCCCAGCAGGCAGCAGGUUGCGACACAGCCAGCAAUGGAAUGUCUUCCUCUGGUAAUGGAGCCAGAGUCAAGGUUCUAUACGAGUCCUGUUGUGGUCCUCGACUUUCAAUCACUCUACCCAUCAAUGAUUAUCGCCUACAAUCUUUGCUUCUCCACUUGCUUGGGUAGAAUUGCAGCUGGCAAUCCGAAGAAACUCGGGGUGACAUGGCUUCGUCUCCAACGAGGUCUGCUGGCAAAGCUUCUAAACAACCUUACGAUAGCCCCAAAUGGCGUCAUGUACGCGCCUUCAUCGGUCAGACCUGGCAUUCUGCCACGUCUGUUACAGGAGAUCUUAUCCACACGCAUCAUGGUUAAGAAGGCGAUGAAGACUUUAUCACCAGAUCAGCGCGUUCUACAUAGGGUUUUGAACUCGAGGCAGUUUGCUCUCAAAUUGAUAGCGAAUGUGACGUAUGGUUACACUGCAGCAGGUUUCAGUGGGAGGAUGCCAUGCGCAGAGCUGGCUGACAGUAUCGUCCAGUCAGGAAGGCGCACGCUGGAACGUGCAAUCUCUAUGGUUGAGGAAACUAAGCGAUGGGAUGCUCGUGUGGUAUAUGGUGACACUGACAGUUUGUUCGUGUUGCUCGAGGGUCGGACAAGGGAAGAAGCAUUUCGGAUCGGUCAGGAAAUAGCGGCAGAAGUGACUGCUGCAAACCCUCCUCCAGUCACAUUGAAAAUGGAGAAGGUGUAUCAUCCUUGUGUGCUGUUGUCGAAGAAACGGUAUGUGGGCUACAGUUAUGAGAGUCCAUCUCAGUCAAAGCCACUCUUUGAUGCAAAGGGGAUAGAGACAGUCCGGCGGGACAGCUGCCCUGUUGUGGCGAAGUCUAUGGAGAGAGCGCUUCGCAUCCUGUUUGAGUCUUGCGAUCUCUCCAAGGUCAAGCAGUACCUUCAGCGGCAAUGGGGUAGGAUCCUAAGUGGGCGGUACAAUGUCCAGGAUUUCAUAUUCGCUAAGGAGGUUCGCCUGGGCACGUAUAGCAAGCGUGCAUCCGUUCUUCCACCUGCAGCUGUCGUCGCAACCAAGGCCAUGGCGGUUGACCCAAGAGCAGAGCCUCGUUAUGGGGAGCGCAUACCAUAUGUAGUUGUCCAUGGUGAGCCCGGUGCGCGGCUCGUUGACAUGGUUGUCGACCCUCACACGCUGAUCGACAGCAAUCAGAACCUGCGCCUUCACGGAACGUACUAUGUUACAAAGCAGAUCAUUCCUGCACUGCAACGCGUGUUUGGACUUGUUGGAGCCGAUUUGCGUUCCUGGUUCCUCGAGAUGCCUCGAAUAUAUCGACCAACAGUCGCUAAGCGGCCUUCUGCGUCUGGCGUAAAGAUUGCCGCAGCUGGAAGCUUUGCACCUGGGGGACGGCCUCGGCCAGCAGCUGAUUCUGUAGUAGACAUUGAAGAGCUUUUUGAGGCAGGGGCAGGCGGUCGCAAGCUGCAAGGAGUGGGAGGUAAAGGAGGCGGGAGAGGAUUUGGAGCAGGUACGAUUGAUCAGUAUUACCUGUCACAGCACUGUGCUGUUUGCACAGAACUGACACGCUCUGCGGAGCCCGUAUGCGCCAAAUGUAACGAGGACAAACAACUCACAGCACUCACGCUAUACGGAAGAGCUGCCACCCUCGAUAGAGAGGAUCGCCAUAUUGUUGAGAUAUGUCAUCACUGUGGAGGAGGAGAUGGUGGUGCUGCAGGUGGAGUUGCAUGCAUAUCAUUGGACUGCCCGAUUUAUUUCGAGAGGAAAAAGGUCCGAAGCGAGUUGCUGGCUGCAAUGUCAAUGGCAUUGCAAUGGGGUCGCAGUUCUGCCACGAGGACUAGGGAGCCGUCUGCUGGGGAAUAGCGCUUGUUUUUUGGGGGGGGCGGUCACAAUUCUUCACAAAAUUUCUCAGCAGGCGAGUUCUUUGCCUAUUUCCGUUGAGAUGCUUGCCACUUGUUGAUAAUUCGCCUAUUCUUUGUUGCCGAACCGAACUCGUCCAUUGCAUAAUUUCGUCCAAACUUUCCCUAAGGGUUCUUUUACCUUUACGUUUCAGAACUCAUCCAUUGUAUUGUGUACAUUACGCUGUCCUUCACACCCGAGUCCGCUUUACGGUCUGUCACAUAUAGAGUGACACCCACCAAGUGCACUGCAUAAUCUGUCAAAUAGACUGAUACAGCAGUUGUAACAGCAGUUGUGUAUUACAGAGCUUCUUAUCCUGCCAAUAAAUGAUGCACCCACAU